AUGGAGGAGGCUGAUCCGAAGUUUGCCACUUGGAUGAGGGGCCACGGUAAGCUCGCUGUCCUGAAGGACGAUGAAGUAGACCGGCUGGAAAGGGCGGCACAGGCCGCAUCGGGCCCCAGCCGGGCAGAGGUCAUGGACUCCAUGUAUGGGAGACUGGAGCCGAAGCCAGCUGGCCCCAGCUUCUCGGCCGAGGAGCUGGAGCGCAUGUCCGAGGCAGCGGAGGCAGUCAAGGCGAGCGCUCGUCGCGCACUGCCCUGCAGCAAAGCGUAUGCAGCCAUCGAUGUCCCCGAGGGCAUGGGGAGCGACGCCGGCGGCUACAAGUGGCGGCAGAGCCAGACGCACGUCGAGGUGUUCGUGAGCCUCCCUCCUGGCACCAGCCGGCGCGCCGUGCACGUCAGCCUCACGUCGGUGAGCCUGGAAGUCAGCGUAGAGGAGCGGCCCGUCCUGGGUGGCACCCUGUGGCGCGAGGUCAAGGCUGAUGAGAGCACCUGGUACAUCCAGGAUGGCAUCCUGGAGAUUGUGCUGCUGAAGCGGCAUCGUCGUGGCAACUAUGCAGAUGGCGAGACCAAUGCCACCACCUUCUGGUAUGCGGUGACGAGGAAUGCGGGCACGGACGCCCGGCUCGCCCUGGAGCACCCCCCGCCGGGGUACUACAGCUCGCACUGGGAGGGCGAGGGGGCGGCCAGGAGGGGCGCGCAGCCUCGCAGGCGGCUGCCAGGUGCACGGGCAGAGGGUGCACAGACCCUUGUUCCCGCAUGCUAG